UUGUUUAAAAUGAAUUUCUCGACAUUUUUCACAUUUUACAGCGAACAUGACUCAGGAGUCUGACACCACAGGAGGCUCGGUGAGUCACAGCGUGCGGUGAAGAUUCAAUUCCUUAGAGUUUUUACUUCAUCUGCGAAAACUGUCGGUCCGUUGCCAUGGUUACGCACCGCCACGCUUCUAAAAUGGAGCAAAAUAACAAUGAAAUUUCCAUCACAGGUGUUCCUCACUGAAUGUAAGAGUAGGCAGCAUCAUCUACGGAGGUAACGUGGACGUGAGGUCAAGCUCCGAGCUACAGAGACCCCGGAUCAGACUGCAGAGCGUCUACAGUGACGGCGAAUAUGACAGGCUACAGGGCGAUGGAGGACUACAUGGUUCUGGGUCAGGUUGGAGAGGGUGCGUUUGGGAAAGCGCUGCUGGUCAGAGAGAAGGCAGGCUCAGGACGCCGGUGUGUGAUGAAGCAGGUCAGCCUGUCCCGGAUGUCCACUCGGGAGAGAGAAGCAGCCAAAAAGGAAGUGACUUUACUGUCCAAAAUGAAGCAUCCGAACAUCGUAGCUUUCUUCCAGUCGUUCCAUGAGAGAAAUAGUCUCUACAUAGUGAUGGAGUACUGCGACGGUGGGGAUCUCAUGAAGAAAAUCACUUUGCAAAGAGGACAACCAUUCAAAGAGGAGCAGAUAGUCGACUGGUUUGUUCAGAUCUGUCUGGGUCUGAAACACAUUCACGACAGAAAAGUUCUGCACCGAGACAUCAAAGCUCAGAACAUCUUCCUCACUCAAGGAGGGACGAAGGUCAAACUCGGAGACUUUGGCAUCGCAAGAAUGUUAAACAACACAACAGAGAUGGCGAGAACGUGUGUCGGGACGCCGUACUAUAUUUCCCCAGAGAUCUGUGAGAACAGGCCUUAUAACAACAAAACAGAUAUCUGGUCUCUCGGCUGCGUCCUCUAUGAGCUCUGCACACUCAGACACCCAUUUGAAGGCAGCAGUUUGAAGCAGCUGAUCAUGAAGAUCUGUAGGGGGCACUACACUCCAGUAUCGCAGCGGUACAGCACUGAACUCAGGCUGCUGCUCUCACAGCUGUUUAAGGUCAGUCCCCGAGACCGGCCCUCGGUCACCUCACUGCUGAAACGUCCGCUCCUGAACAAACACAUCAGCAAGCACCUGGAGCCACAGUUCAUGGAGGAGGAAUUUAGUCACACGAUUCUGCACAGUGACAAACCUGUAGCGCAGCAUUUGGACAGACGGAGUGCAGUUACACCCAGACCUGUUCCAGCAUUAAAAGCUGAGCAUCCUUUGAGCAAGUUUCCUCCUAGACCAGAGCAGAGAUGUGCUGUACCCAAGCCUUACAGCACACGGAAUAAAAAAAUGGUGGGCCACCAAGCAGAGCUCGAGGUGGGAAAGGCACUAAGAGGAAUGCCCGCUCAGUUUGAGAACAGGCCAAACGCAAAUCUGCAGCACUAUAGGCAGCACCGUGACCAUCGAGACCAACUGCAGCACCAGCCAGGUCUUUAUCAACCUCCUCUUCCACCUCGUCUUGCAGCACAAGAACCCAUGGAGGAGAGCCUGGCCUACAGGGGGAAUGCUCUGGAACCAUACCAACUUGUGGCAGCAGCAAGGGAGGAAUAUCUGCAGAGAAGACAAGAAGCCAACCAGUACAAACUCAGAGCAGAAAAACAGCUGGGUCUAAGGCCAAGUACGGCAGAUGCUGAACGGUACAGAUGCCUGGACGAGAGAGACGCUCCACCUCAGCAAGCCGCACAAGACAAAUUGCAGGGACAGCAGGAGUAUGUCAGACAAUUGCAGCAAAUCAGGCAACGUUAUCAAGAUGAGAUCAGAGGGAUGAGGCAGAGAGCCAAAGCUGAGGUUCCUCACCAGGCACAGCCACAUGCAGCAGGUGCACACUUGUUGGAGUGUCCGGACAAGCCAAGUGAAGAACAAAAGCCCACAGAUAUGGAAAAAGCUCUGAGGCAGAUUCUUAAGCAGAACCAGAAGGAAAGGAGAGAGCUGCAGAAAAAAUACAAUGACAAGAAGGGAGUCAUGUUUGAGAUCAAGCUGCAAGAUGAUUUAAUAAAGGAUGAAGGAGGCAAAGAACCACAAGAGACGGAUGGAAAGAAUGAGGAGGAUCCUCUGAACCAAACACUGAAAUUUGAUGCAGAGCUCAAACUCUGGGGACCUGCAGGUGAGGCCGAAAUCAAGCCUGAUGGAAGAGCUGAGGAAGAGAAGAGUGUAGAAGCAGAGAAGCAUGGGAAAAGAGGGGUGUGGAGACAGGGAGCUCCUCAAACCCUUAUGAAUGCUCUGGCUAACAUGGAGGUCUUAUCCAUCUGCUCCACGUACUCAUGUACACAGACCGGAGCUCAGGAAGAGAAGAAGCAAAGUCCAGAAGAGAGGAGAAAAUGGACAGACCGCCGUCCUGAUACACUCCUCAAUGCUCUGGCGGAGGCACAGCUCACCUCCUCCACACUGGGUGUACCAUUGGAUGACGAUGCUGCACAGGAGGAGGUGAGGAACAAGAUGGUGGAAGAUAAGAAAACAGGUGAUGUUGGCGAUGGAAAAGAGGUUGACUCUGAUGUGGAACUGGAUGAAGAGCGCUUGGAGCCUAGAUCAGAUGAUGAUGACACGAACUUUGAAGAGUCAGAGGAUGAGCUGAGGCAGGAAGUGAGGGACUCUAUGAGAAACCUUUUUAUCACAGAGGAGGAUGAAAAAGUGCAGAUCAUGAAGGAGAUGGAGGAGGAUAUGCAUCCAGAGACUCACACACUAGCAGCCCUAGGACAUAGCCAGGCUCAGGCUGAGCAGGAGGGAAAGGAAAAGCCCCUGAACACAGAUGAGGGCCAACCUUCGGAAACAUUACCGUAAUGAGUACUGCGUUAUUGCUGCAAAUGCAUGAAAUCGAUUAAAAGUAUACAGUACUAAAACCCUGUUAAUAAGUGAGUUCUGGAGCGUAUUUACUGGUUUCGAUAUAUAUGUGUGAAAUAAUUUUAGAAACACUAAUUAGUAUAUAUUGAUAAUUUUUUAAUAAAAUAUUUCCUUCCUCUGUUCACUACUGUAUGGACGACUAUAACGUGCCUAUGUCAUUUAAUUGAGCAUCAGGGCGAUUCUCAUAAACCCUGUAGUAAAUGUGUUAAUAUGUAAGUUUAAAAUAAAAAGUUGCAAAUAAUAACAGCUAUAUUUGGACCAUUAAAACAUUUCCUUAACAUUGUACCAAUUUCCUUAUGAUGAUUAACCCUCUAACAUGUUCUGUAAAAAAGAAGCAAUGGCAACAGCAAAAAGUAUUUGGCAAGUUGGAACAAUUAAAUGUCUUGUUGUAUGAAGCAAUGCUGCAUCAAACUCUUGUGGAUGCUUCAGCACUGCAUACCUUAACUGAGUGGUGGAGAUGUUAAGAUUAACCAAAUCCAGCAUUGACCGGUCUAGCAUGUUAUGCUCUUUUUUCUUUUCUUAUUUAGCACAUUUUGAGUCUUAUUAUCUUAUUGAAAAAUGUAUCAAUAAGAUAAUAAGACUGAACAACUUGGACACAGGAAAUCUCUGCAGCUUCUGGGUCUCGGCACUAGUGUACGAUGUUAGUUAUUACUCUGCUAGGUCUUUUGUAAAUGCCCCUAACCAGCUAUAACAUUUUACCCGAAU